AUGUCAACAACACGCGCCUUAAAGGGCGCCUUCAACGGCCGACUCUCACUAUGGGGUAGACCAUCACCUCACAUCGCCUUUCGACCACACCUCUCGUCACAUCAACCACUUUCUUGCCCCAGGUUUUAUUCUGAUGAGCAAUCCCGCGAAUGGAACUCCCUCCAAGACUUUUUCAACGAUCAGAUCAGGAAGCCCAGCAGCCCAGCGAAUGGCAAACCCUCUAAGCAGGCCAAAGAGGGCAAGCCCAAAGCCCAAGUGAAGCGCAAUCGCCCUAAGCAGACCAAAGAAGCUCGCUCGACGAAGAGCACCGAUCUCGCUGACGAGGAAGAUGAGUUUUCGAGGACAUUCUCACAAAAUCAGCCAAAGGCUGAGAAGCCCAAAGCCCAAGGGAACCGCGAUCUCUCUAAGCAUCUCGAUGAUGGCGAGGGAGAUGAGUUUUCGAGGAUACUCUCACCAAGACAAGAAAAGCCUGAGCAGGAAGAAAAGCCUAAGAAACCAUGGCUCAAGGAGAGGGAGGAAAAGAUUGCACGUAGCAAGGCCGUGGGCAAAAGAGAAGUUAGAAGAGAACGAAAAACCGCCCGCUACAUCGUCCUCCUGGAACGGGAAACAAGAAUGCGACACGCUGCUGGACGUCCCGAUAUCGCAUCCGCCACCGACCCCGAAAAUUCAGAACUCACACCCCGCACUGCCCAGGAAGCCAUUGCGCGCUGGCAGGCGAUGAAGGAGAAGGACGCUCAACUGGGCCAGAUGAAGGAUUCACGGGCUGUCAGGGCGCUGAAGAGAACUGCCAGGCGGGAGGCCAAGGAGGCAAGGAUUUACAUGGCGUCGCAGGCCGCGGAGAAGGCCUGGGAGCACGAGUUUGAGCAGAUUGAGCAUGAGAAGAAGCAGGAGAUCGAGCAGAUCGAGAAGGAAAAGAAGCAGGACAUCAUCGACAGACAGAAACCAAGGGAAGGCAAGGCGAAGGAAAGGUUCGAGAGAAUUAAGGCAGAAAAGGCGGCACUCAGGGAGGCAAAAAUGAAGUUGUUGAGGGCUCAACAUGUGUCCUUCAACAACACCACAAAGAUUUCUCAGUCACCACUGGAUAGUGUGUCGGAACCAGUUGCUGAGGAGGUCUCGUUUACGCCACAGCAACAAAAGUCAGCAGCUUCGAGGAAUGCAAAAGCAGUCAUCAACGAAGGGCAGACAGACGUUUCAGAACACGUUUUCCCAACACGGGGCAAGUUGGGGGGAACAUCCUCCGCCCAACCGAAGAGCUCGACAGCUCUGCCUAAGGUCCCAGCACAAGCACAACGAACCGCCGUCCAGACGCCAGAAGACAUUCAAGAGGACGCCUCGCCAGAAGAGACGGCCGAGAAUCCGGAAGAGGAUGAAUGGGAAGAAGACGAAGAUGGCGAUGAUGCAGACUGGGACAAAGGCGGCGGUAAGAAGGUGAAGCCGAACAAACUGGAGCGGCGGCGGCUCAAGCUCCUGACGCGGUUCAAGGAGAAACUGCAGAGGAAGGCCGGUAUCCCGGUCGGCGACACAAAGCCGCAUCCGGAGAUUGAUGCGCAAUGCGCGGCGUGGUUGCAUGACAGGAUGGAGGCGGAAAGGGUCCGGGAAAAGAGGAAGAAGGCUCGGAAGGUGAAGCGGCCGUCUUAUGCGUCGAAGAAGAAGGGGAGGAAUAACUAA